AUGGCUCCCUUCAAGGCUUUAUACGUACGACGGAGCGACGGCGUACUUGAGACCGCAGCCAAAGGCAGAGGCAAAAGCGGAGAAAAGAAUCAACCCACAGAUGAACAACUCGAUCAACGCCCUGAUAAAGAUGGAAUCAGUGACUUUUAUCGCGAAGUCUUGCUCACAGACCCGAAACACCUUGACUGGCGCCGGAAACUUGGAGGCAUGCUGGCGCGUCAACUGGAUCCCGGCAAUGAUAAUGUAGGAAGCGAUUGCGGAUACAUCCUCGCGUGCUUGCCCGAGAACUACCGACUUUACGAGCACGUGAAGAAGACAGAAAAGGAUGGCAAGUUGGAGGUCAAGAGCAAGACACACGCUGCUGGUGGAAAUGAUAGGCAAGAUGCCUACCUCUAUGGACACCCAAUGGGACGUAAGAAGCGCUAUCGAAGUCCUGCAGAUUUCUUUCCCCAUUUACUCUGGCUCGGUGUGGAUGAGACUGGCGAUCCGGACAAUUGCUCCUGCAAAAUCUGCUGUCCUGAAGAUCUGGAUUCCCUAGGUCUAUCUGUUCCAAAACCCGAACGACCUGCCGCUGAAUCGAAAGUCAGUACUACACCAGCAGUCGCGACUACUGUUGCACAAGCAAAACCUCCUCAACAGCCGGCUCCCAAACCAAAGACUGAGGCUCCUGCGGUACAGGCACAGGCACAGAAAUCAUCAGCGCCCACACAGACUCAUAAACCGACGCCCCCACCUCAGCACCUACAGCCGACACCUCUGCCCCAAAAGCGAUCCGAAGAUCAGGUCAUGGACAGCCGGUAUGGCAUCUUCAUGUACAGAGUGGGAGAAUUGGUGUGGUUCCAGCGAGGACAGCCCUGGGGUUUGGGUGUCAUCACCCGCCGUUGGUUGGCGAAAUCACAGAUCUUCUACACCGUUCAACCUCUUUCAUAUCCAGGUCAUAACCCGACUGCUGUGGUCAAGUCAUCUAAUGCCGAGUUGCGUCCUUGGCUAGCGUGGAGUGUACCACCAUUCACCAAUGAGGCGCUUAACAAGGUCUCCGUCACAUAUGACACUGCUGACUGGCAAGGAAUCGCAAAUCAGAAUUACGGAACCGGUGACAUUGGUGUCGAUGGCUCCAUCCUUGCUGCAAAGGCAAUAGAUGCCUCUUAUACUUUGUUUGGUCACCAGGGUAAUGCGCAACAAGAUGAUGUUAUUGAAGCACGAUACGAUGGCAUCUUCCUUGGAGCGGAGAAGAUUUGGGUUGGAGAGCCUGUACGACUUCACAUCGGCACUGGUACAGAUAUCAUGGUCAUUCAAGCCAUCAUUGACCGAAAGCGAUUAUCGGCUAAUAAGCAAAUUGUACAACAAUCGAUCUUGUUCCAAGGUGAUGUGUAUCAUCUCACGACUAUCGCUCACACCAAUCCAAAUAUCCCUUCGCCAGCCUCGCUGAAUAGCAAUCCCCAUCUCCCGGGACGCCUGACCCAAGAUCUCGCCAUUCGCAACAACAAAUCUAUGCAAGUCAAACGCUCUGUGAGCUAUUGGAGUCUCGUUAGCAACCUGGCUCGGGUCGACGUAACCGAUAUCAAAGGUCGAUGGUACGAAGCUACUAUCCUUCUGCCCAUAUUAGGCCAGAAGGAAUACAAUGAAGAGCUGAGUCGCGGUGAGGUGCCAGAAUCAUCAUUACGAAUGAAUUGCCACGGUGAUGCUACGUAUGGGUCCUCCCGGGACCGCGACGCUCUUCCUCGAGCACAGCGAAGAUACACUGCAAAGGACACUCGACUCGCGGCAUUUGGCGCCGCAGUACCGCCACAAACAAUCCUUCGGGAUGGCAAUGACCCUCCUAAUGCACAACAACAACAACAACAGCCGGCCACGCACUCCAAUGUCAUGAACCUUGACGAUAUGGAGAUAGAUCCACGUUUCGACACAGCACAGCCAGCGACAAGCGCGUCGGUUGGCGCAGGAGUAGCCUCGACUCCCCACCACGCUGGAUCCGGAGCCAUGGAUUUGUAUUCAAAUUUGAAUGGACUGUCAGGAGACCACAAUUUUCAGACGCAUCAAAGCCGGGGUGGCUAUUACUGA